AACGAAACUCGUUAUACGUGGGUUUCAUCAUGGGUCUACCCAGCCUCUUGCUUUUCUGGCCUUUGGCCCUCCUAUGUCUGUCUGGCGUUCUCGCCAACCAAGACUCUUCAAAGUACGAAUUGAUUUUGUACUGGCGCCUCAGGCAGUUCAUGAUUGACGCUGUCGGAGAAAAAGAAAAUGUUGUCGUACCGCUAUGCGAGAGCCCAUGCGACUUCAAAGAUUUCAUGAAAGCAGUCACUGUCAAGAGGAAAGGGCCCAAGCUGAAGGAACCGGACGGCAUAACCAACCGUAAAGACGCCAAAGGGAGAACACUCUAUCAGUGGUACCCAGACUACGAUAAAGACUUCAGCGUUUUCACCGACGAUCUGUUUAGCGAUCCCGAGGAGGCUACCAAGAAGCUUGACGAUGUUCAAUUCACCGGGCAGUUCAAGAAAAGAACACAGUUCGAGGGCGCAGACAGCUUCGAUGAUAUCGUAUCAAGUAUCACAGACGUCAUUAAAAAAUUCCAAGCCGCCCUCGUCGCGGACGGGAGGGACCCCAACGGCGGGUGGUUCAACGAGAUCAAGAAUCUGAUCUCAAUCGCAGCCAAUGGGCGUCGCUACAACCGGGCGAUACACCUGACCCAGGAAUUCAGAGACUGGCUAGACGAAAACCCAACGCUCAGGUCCGUGAACGUGCAAAUGACCGGUUUGAUCCAUCGUGCGCCAGACUUUGACUACAGGAAGGUGGAUCUUCAUGCGACAUAUGAUGCAAACCGGGCCGUGGUAGGGAUAGAGGAGUGGGAAACCCCGAUCAAGAUCUUUGCUGUAAUUCAGAACUCAAAGGGCAGUGCUCUAGGCCAUGUGAAUUGUAUCCGCUUACUUGAGAAGCUUGAGAAGAGACUGAACGCUGGAUGCAAGUAAACAGCUUGCCUACCCCGAAACGAGAGGUGGUUAUUCAUUCACAAAUGGGCGUCUCCUCACCCCAGCAAAAAAGUUAUAUUCAGC